AUGGUCCUCCUCCGUUCCCUCUACGCCGUCACGGCCCUGCUCGGUGUCUGCGCAACAGCUGCCCCUACCGGCGACGUCGCUGCUCUCAACAAGCGUUGUAUUCCCGAUGACCCUACCUCCUGCAGCCCUGGGGACUUUGGCAAGCGUCCCUAUUUCAUCAUGUCAGACUCUGUCCCCGUUAUCCUCUGCGGUAAGACCGAGCAGAUCGGCGCUACCGUCGUCGAAGCCGUCAAGCCUGAAUUAGAAGUCAUUCAUUUCGUCACGACCACCGAAGCGGGGGUGGUCCAGAUUCCCGCCCUACUACGCGGUGAAAAGAAUGACCCGUCUAACAGCGCGCUGGGGAGUAAGGAUUACGAUUGGGGCGUCGGAGCCAUUAUUCUUGGUGCUGGAUACGAUGACCAGGCGAUACAGAUUCUUCGAGACGCUUCCCAGGGGCUAAAACCCGUUCCCUGGCUGCGACCUGACACCUCCAAACCCGCGCCGCCACUGGGCCCGGAAUACGGCAAGGCGCUGGUGGCUCGCAUCAAGGAGACUGUGAAGGAGCUACAGGCCAAAGGGAAGAUGAAUGAGGACGCUGUGAUUUACUAUUAG